AUGAAGUACGCACUUGUUCUCACGGCUAUUGCCGCUGUUGCCUCUAAGGUCGCCGCUGUCGGUGUCUCGGGCACCCCUGAAGGUUUCGCAUCUUCUGCCACAGGUGGCGGCGAUGCCACCCCUGUCUAUCCUACCUCUACCGAUGAGCUGGUCUCAUACCUCGGGGACGACGAGGCCCGUGUUAUCGUCUUAAGCAAGACUUUUGACUUCACCGAUACCGAGGGCACCACCACAACCUCCGGUUGUACUCCUUGGGGUACUGCUUCCAACUGCCAAGUCGCCAUCAACAAGGACGACUGGUGCACCAACUACGAGCCUGAUGCUGCUACUACUACCGUCACCUACAACAACGCUGGUAUGCUCGGUAUCACCGUUGGCUCUAACAAGUCCUUGAUUGGUGAGGGCACCAGCGGUGUUAUCAAGGGUCGUGGUCUGCGCAUGGUCAACGGUGCCAAGAACAUCAUCGUUCAAAACAUUGCCGUCACAGACAUCAAUGCCCAGUAUGUCUGGGGUGGUGACGCCAUCACUCUCAAUCAAGCUGAUCUAGUCUGGCUCGACCACAUUACCACUGCUAGAAUUGGUCGUCAGCACUACGUUCUGGGUACCGAAGCUGACAACCGCGUCUCUAUCACCAACAACUACAUUGAUGGUGAAUCCGAUUGGUCUGCCACCUGCGACGGUCACCACUACUGGAACGUGUACCUUGAUGGCUCUAGUGACAAGGUUACCUUCAAAGGCAAUUACCUUUACAAGACCAGCGGUCGCGCACCCAAGGUCCAAGACAACACCUACCUCCAUGCUGUCAACAACUACUGGGAUGACAACUCCGGCCACGCCUUCGAGAUUGGCUCGGGUGGCUACGUUCUCGCGGAGGGUAACUACUUCUCCAACGUCGACACUGUUCUCGAGGAAUCCUCCUUCGAGGGUUCUCUCUUUGCUUCUGACAGCGCCUCCAGCACUUGUGAGUCCUAUAUCGGUCGCUCUUGUGUCCCCAACGUCAACGGGGGCACGCUGUCCGGCUCUGCCGCAACUGUUCUAGAGAACUUGAAGGGCGAGACUCUCGCCACUGCCUCUGAUGCUAGCACUGAUCCGGCUGGAAGUGCUGGUCAGGGAAACCUGUAG